AUGGGGUUCAAUCCGACGGCAUUGUUACCACUUCCCACAAGCAUCACCGACCUCCCCAAUCCUCAGUUGGAAGAGCUCUUGGCCAACCCUGAGUUGGUGAAAGGCUACGUACAACUGUCGGAUAGUUUCCAGCAAUACCUUGACCAGUACGCGACCACGAUUGCCGCCGACAACACCAAGUUGCAACAGAUCAAGCAACUUAUCGAACAAUACGACCACGUGGGACAAUCAAUCAGGGAGAAAUUGGCCGAACUACAACGGCUCAACCUGGAGUUCUCCAGUCUCCAGGUGAUCCAGUACCAAUUGUUGGUGCGCUACUCUAAUGAGCUGUUAGUCAAGAAAUACGGCGACUUAGUUGAGUCACUUGAUCGCCAGCUGCGUCAAUUGGUUUCCGAAACCAGUGACGAACUUGACCCGAAAUUCCUUGCUGAGUUUAGGCAGGCUCGAAAGCAAUACCACCUUCACCGGGAGCGGUGGGCACGGUGUCAGGAGGAUCGCGUGCUGGGGAGCAUUGCGUGA